CCCUCUACUUUUACUUUCCCAGCCCCUUUAUUUCUAUUUCUUUAUGCAUUUAAUUUUUUGGUUUCUUUCUCUAAUGAUGCCCAAAUGCAAACGCCUCACAAUUACAGCCCAUGCCCAAGAACAAGAACAAGAGCAAAGGGAUAUCGAUGACUUCUUCGCCGGAUCUUCGCGGCGGCGCGUGCUCGACCCGCGCUGCCGGUGGGUCCAGCGCUGGAACCGCGUAGUGCUGCUGGCGCGUGCAGCGUCCCUCGCGGUCGACCCGCUCUUCUUUUACGUGAUCUUUCUGACCAAGGCCGGCCCGCCGUGCUUCUACCGGGACGCGGCCUUCGCCGCCGUCGUCACCGCCGCCCGCACGUGCGUCGACCUGGUGCAUGUGUGCCACGUGUGGCUGCAUUUCCGGCUGGCGUAUGUUUCGACGGCGUCGUUGGUGGUCGGGAGUGGGAGCCUCGUGUGGGACGCACGUGCGGUUGCUUCUCAUUAUGUGAGGUCCUUCAAGGGAUUCUGGCUCGAUUUGUUUGUCAUUAUUCCCAUUCCUCAGGUUGUGACAUGGUUGGUUGUGCGGAAACUAUUGAGAGAAGAAGAGAUAAAAGAGGUGAUGAGAGUGGUGUUAGUGAGCUACCUAUUUCAGUUCUUUCCAAAGCUUUACCACAGCAUUUACUUGAUGAACAAACUCCAAAAGGUCACUGGCUACAUCUUUGGCAGCAUUUGGUGGCGUUUUAGCCUCAAUGUCUUUGCCUAUUUGAUUGCCUCUCAUGUUGCGGGAGGUUGCUGGUAUCUCCUCGCAACGCAGCGGCUAAUCUCGUGCCUUGAGCAACAAUGCGAGAGAAGAAAAAUGUGCAAACUGGCAUUGUCUUGCUCAGGCCUCAACUCUCCCAUAUCGGGCUACAAGGGGGUCGGUAAAUUCGUUUCCUCCCGUGGCAAUAACUCGACGACGAUCAAGUCGUUAUGCUUGGAGGUCAAUGGACCCUUCAGCUAUGGAAUUUAUGAGCCUGUUCUUUUGGUAUUCUCUAGUAACUCUCUAGCCGUUAGAAUUCUUUAUCCUGUCUUCUGGGGUUUAUUGAAUCUAAGUUCCUUUGGCAAUGAACUUGAUCCCACAAGUGAUUUGGUGGAAGUGAUAUUCAGUUGCUGCAUCACACUUGCAGGAUUGGUGCUUUUUGUCACCCUAAUUGGAAAUAUACAGAUUUUCUUGCAAACUGUCAUGGCAAGUAAAGAGACGAUGCAAAUACGGUUUCGAGAAAUGAACUGGUGGAUGAAGAGGCGACAAUUGCCCGUCCAUUUGAGGGAAAGAGUUUGCAAUUUUGAAUAUCAAAGGUGGGUAGCAAUGGGAGGGCUAGACGAGACCGAGCUCAUUGGAGGGCUGCCUGAUGGCCUCCGCCGUGACAUCAAACGCUACCUUUGUUUAGACCUCGUUAGGAAGGUACCUUUCUUUCACAUGUUGGAUGAUCUUAUACUCGACAACAUUUGUGAUCGGGUUAAACCACUCUUGUAUGCCAAAGGUGAAAAGAUAGUGAGGGAGGGAGACCCUGUGCAACGGGUGGUGUUUAUCGUCGAGGGAUGCGUAGAGCGUAGCCAAGGGCGCCUUAGCAAAGGCUUUGUAGCCACUAGUCUGGUUAACUCCGGUGGCUUUUUUGGCGAGGGGGGCCUUAGCAAAGGCUCUGUAGCCACUAGUCUGGUUAACUCCGGUGGCUUUUUUGGCGAGGAGCUGCUCUCGUGGUGUCUCCGGCACCAUCCACAUUAUGAUAAGCUUCCAACCUCUUUGGCAACGUUUUCAUGUGUGCAGCCAGUAGAAGCAUACGGGCUCGACGCAGGCGAUCUCAAGUACAUUACCGAACACUUUCGGUACAAGUUCGCGAGCGAAAGGCUCAACCGAACAAUGCGCUAUUACUCAUCGAAUUGGCGAACAUGGGGAGCUGUGGUCAUCCAGCUUUCGUGGCGCUGGCACCAGAUGCGAACUCGAGGUUACGCUACGCAAAAACGAAAAGGCGUCGACAGUCGACUAAGACAGUAUGCUGCAGUUUUCUUGUCACUGAAGCCGAACGACCAUCUUGAGUAGAGGCAGCUGUGUAAUCCAGUUCCUAGCUAGAGAGGUCACAGCAGGCUCAUAAAAGUUCCUUAAAUCUCACCUGUUUUUUCUUGUAAGUUGAUCAUACAAGUUUUAAUUCUUUGAUAAAAUAUCUGACUACUAAAUUAAUAUAAGAAGGUUUAGAGAUAAAUGCCUAUAUUUCUGAGCUUAGUUGUUUUCUAGAAGUGAUCAAAUUCAAAGAUAUGCCCAAACUCAACUAGUUUGUAGCUGGGGCUUAUUUCUUCCCAAAUUUCAAGAUUUCUCAUAACAUUAAAAAGUACAUUGCUUCUUAAUAAAAACCCGCCCAAUUUUUUAUGAACCUAGCUUGAAAAAUUUAGACAUUUAUGUCUAUCAGUUGAUCAGUUUAACAGUAGCGGUGCAGCUACGGCGACGAACUACGCACAAUAUAUUGCUAUCUUCCCUGCUUUCAUCGAUUCAGAUUCGUCUACAUUUUCGAAUUUCCUUGCUCAUUUGUUUUCCGAGGAAGCUGUUAAAAUUGUUCUCCCUUUGAAGUUGAAGCUAAUUUUCUACGCUUCUCUCUGUUUUCUUAGGAUGUGAAGAUUCUUUCUUCUGAUGCAGGGCUGUGAUUGAAAUUUUGAGAACCAUUUUAGCUUACCGUUGCAUGCAACUUCCCCACGAUUCAGCUGUCUUGUAGCACACAGCCUCUUCAAAAUCUAGCCGUUCUGGUGAGUAUUCAAGAUGCAUUAUUUUGGAAUUUAGUUCUCAAAAUCAACCGUACCACUGUUCUAAAACCUCUUCAAGAUAGAAACUUCACGAACAGAAUAAAAAUUUAUAAAAUUCACAGAGAUUCAGAUUAUUCAAACCCAAAGACCAAGACCAAAUCAUCGUACGUACAAUCAGAAAGAAGAAAUUAAAGACAGAAUAUUUCAUUACAGCCCAGGGCAGGGCAGGGACAUGAUAAAACUAAAAGCUUUUUACUGACAUGAACACAGACACUCAAAA